GCAUCAUUUAAUUCAUUUGAAAAUAUUAUUUGUUCUCAAAACCUACUAUCCAACAUGAUAUUUUGUCUUGAUCAAUUGUUGCUUCUAUUGGCUGAUUUGCUAGUAAUAGCUUCUGCUGAAUGCAAAUCCGGAAUUUGGAUUAUGAAUCCAGACAGGAUGAACACUAGGCUCACAGGAUACAAAAUUCGUACAUUUGAUAACAUUCCCCCGAGGAUCUGUUUCGACAAAUGUAUCCGGAGACCAAGAUGUCAUUCUUACAACUAUAACAGACAUAUAUUACGUUGUGAACUGAACUACAAACCCAAAACUGAACACUUUCACAACGACAUGGGAUUUGUUUAUGUUGAUGUUGAUCAUUACAGAUGGGAUCCUAUGUAUGACACGUGCCUUGGAAAUCCCUGUAAAGCUGGAGAAGUUUGUGAAACCAAAAAGGACAGAAGUGUGUUUUGCGUCAAGGAUCAAGAAAAUAUGCAAGUAGGAGAUUGUACGGAAUUGUUUGAAUACAGACGCAAAAGUGGAAUAUAUACAAUAUAUCCUUCCAAGGCCGACGAGGGGGUAAAGGUGUUUUGCAACAUGACAAACGGCGGCUGGACGGUUAUCCAAAGAAGAAUAGAUGGAGAAGAAAACUUUCAUAGGAACUGGGUUGAGUAUGAAAAUGGCUUUGGUGAACUUCAGUAUGAGUUUUGGCUUGCUUCAACACCAAUAAAUAUUGAUAAAUUGGAGGAAGAGUUAUCAUCACAUCCUGAUAAAAAUUUUGCAUUAUAUCUAUGUAAUGGUCUGAGACAAGGUUUUGAUUGUUUAGUUCAAGGGGAAAUUUCAGAAUCUAAAGAGUGUAAAAAUGAUUUUUCUGCAAGAUCUCAGGUUUUAGUUGUAUCAGAGUUAAUUACUAAAGGAAAAUACUCUGGGAAGAAACGUUUGAAUUAA